AUGGUCAAGAUGGCGGCAGCUGGCAGUGGGGGAGGCCGGGUGUCCAGCGGACGGGAUCUCAACUGUGUCCCCGAGGUGCCAGACACGUUGGGUGCUGUAGCCAAACAAGGGUUUGAUUUUUUGUGUAUGCCCAUCUUCCAUCCACGUUUUAAAAGAGAAUUUUACAGAGAACCUGCCAAGUCUCGAUGUGGGCCCCAGACUCGCUCAGACCUCCUACUUUCUGGACGAGAUUGGAAUACGCUUAUUGUAGGAAAGCUGUCUGAAUGGAUAAAGGUGGACUCAGAGGUUCCAGAAAUCCGCAAAACUUCCGAAGCUGCUUUGCUACAGGAGCUAAAUUUUUCAGCAUACCUGGGACUUCCUGCAUUUCUUAUACCUCUUGCGUGUGAGGAUAACAGCAACUUGGCUCGACUCCUAACAAAUCACAUUCACACUGGUCAUCAUUCCACAAUGUUCUGGAUGAGAGUUCCAUUAAUGACUCCAGAUGAUCUGCGAGAAGACCUCAUAGACAAUGAACCAUUACCUCAGUCUGAAGGGGAGGAUAAUAGUGGGGAAGAACGGACUUGGCUUUGGUGGCAUCAUUUCCGGACCCUAUGUGAUUACAACAAAAGAACUGCUUUAGCUAUUGAAGUGGGUGCUGACCUACCUAGUGGCAGUAUUAUUGACCGAUGGUUGGGAGAACCCAUCAAGGCAGCCAUUCUCCCCACUACCAUUUUUCUAACCAACAAGAAAGGUUUUCCUGUUCUAUCCAAAGUGCACCAGCGCCUUAUUUUUAGAUUAUUUAAGCUGGAGGUGCAGUUUGUGAUUUCGGGCUCACAUCAUCACUCGGAGAAAGAUUUUUGUUCAUAUUUACAGUAUCUAGAGUAUUUAAGUCAAAAUCGACCACCUCCAAAUGCUUACGAGAUGUUUGCCAAAGGAUAUGAGGAUUAUUUGCAGUCCCCACUACAGCCUUUGAUGGAUAAUUUGGAAUCUCAGACAUAUGAAGUAUUUGAGAAAGAUCCAGUGAAAUACUCUCAGUAUCAACAGGCUGUGUAUAAGUGUUUGCUGGACAGAGUCCCAGAGGAAGAAAAGGAUACUAACAUACAGAUUUUGAUGGUUCUUGGAGCAGGCCGGGGACCUUUGGUAAAUGCAUCCCUGAGAGCUGCCAAGCAAGCAGAGCGCAAGAUUAAAGUAUAUGCUGUGGAGAAGAAUCCUAAUGCAGUAAUCACGUUGGAAGGGUGGCGCUAUGAAGAUUGGGGUAGUCAAGUGACUGUUGUGUCUAGUGACAUGCGGGAGUGGAAUCCUCCAGAGAAAGCGGAUAUCGUUGUCAGUGAACUUUUGGGGUCAUUUGGAGACAACGAAUUGUCCCCUGAGUGUCUGGAUGGAGCCCAGCAUUUCCUUAAAGAGGGUGGUGUUAGUAUUCCAGGAGAAUACACUUCUUACCUGGCUCCAAUCUCUUCAUCUAAACUUUACAAUGAAGUGAGAGCAUGCAGAGAAAAAGACAGAGACCCGGAGGCCCAGUUUGAGAUGCCCUAUGUUGUUCGAUUGCACAACUUCCACCAGCUUGCAGAACCAUUACAGUGUUUUACAUUCAAGCAUCCAAACACAGGCCGUGAUAUCGAUAAUAAUCGUUACUGCUGCCUUAAAUACUCUAUAAAGCUGAAUACCGUACUGCAUGGGUUCGCAGGAUAUUUUCAGACCGUGCUCUACAAAGAUGUUACUUUGAGGUAUCUGCCCGAGACGCAUUCCCCAGGGAUGUUUUCAUGGUUUCCUAUUCUGUUUCCAAUUAAGCAACCUAUUCCUGUUCGAGAGGGUGACACCGUGUGUGUGCGGUUCUGGCGUUGUAACAAUGGAAAAAAGGUCUGGUAUGAGUGGUGGGCGGUGACAUCUCCUGUCUGCUCUGCUAUUCACAAUCCCACUGGCCGUUCAUACACACAUAGGACUGUAGGAAGCCAUCUCACAAGACUUUACUUGAUCCUAUUUAUUGCUGCAAGUAGUUUGAUGCAGAGCAUGUCAUGGGUGGAAAUAUGCUGUGCCUUAAACAGCUUACUCUGGAAGACCGUGGAAUUUAGAAGAUACAGCAGUACAGGAUAUAUGGUUCAUUCUUAG